AUGGAACCAGCUCGGUUGGCUCAGCACAUAGCCAAAACGAGCAAGAGGGGCGAGACCUCGUCAUGUAACUUUCUACUUGAUCCGAUACCACAGACGCCAGACCUGUCGCCGCCAAUGGGACACGAGGAAAUCGCGAAAUUUCCAUGUGGCAACAUGAGUGACGAAACUGCAAUUCCUGGCGUGGUUUAA